GGGUUGCUGGAGCCACCCCGAGAUGCGGCCCGCCUCCCAGGGCCUCCAUUUCCUGCUGCUCUUCACGAAGAUGCUUUUUAUCUUUAACUUCUUGUUUUCCCCACUUCCAACCCCCGUACUGAUCUGCAUCCUGACUGUCGGAGCUGCCAUCUUCCUGUGGCUCAUCAACAGACCUCACCCAGCCGUGCCUGUCAUCGAUCUCAACAACCAGUCAGUGGGAAUUGAGGGAGGAGCACGGAAGAAUGCUCGCCAGAAGAACAAUGACUUGCUAAGCUACUACUUCUCAGAUGCCAAGACGAUGUAUGAAGUUUUCAAAAGAGGACUUGCUGUGUCUGACAAUGGGCCUUGCUUGGGAUACAGAAAACCAAACCAGCCCUACAGAUGGCUGUCCUACAAACAGGUGUCUGAUCGAGCAGAGUACCUGGGCUCCUGUCUCUUGCAUAAAGGAUAUAAGCCAUCACAAGACCAAUUUGUUGGCAUCUUUGCUCAGAAUCGGCCCGAGUGGAUCAUCUCUGAGCUAGCUUGCUACACGUACUCCAUGGUAGCCGUCCCCCUGUAUGAUACCUUGGGAGCAGAAGCCGUCAUAUACAUUAUCAACAAGGCUGAUAUUGCCAUGGUGAUCUGUGAUACACCCAAAAAGGCAUCGGUCCUGCUAGAAAAUGUGGAGAAGGGCCUCACUCCAGGCCUGAGACUGAUCAUCCUCAUGGACCCCUUUGAGGAUGACCUGAGGCAAAGAGGGGAACAGAAAGGAGUUGAGAUCUUAUCCUUCUAUGAUGCUGAGAAUAUAGGCAAAGAGAAUUUCAAAAAACCUGUGCCUCCUGAACCGGAAGACCUGGGUAUCAUCUGCUUCACCAGUGGGACCACAGGUGACCCCAAAGGAGCCAUGAUAACCCAUCAAAAUGUGGUUUCAAACGCUGCAGCUUUUCUCAAAUGCGUGGAGGACACCUUUGCGCCCACCCCUGAGGAUGUGAGCAUAUCCUACCUCCCCCUGGCUCAUAUGUUUGAGAGGGUUGUACAGGUUGUCACGUACUCUUGUGGAGCCAGAGUCGGGUUCUUCCAGGGAGAUAUUCGGCUGCUGCCCGAUGACAUGAAGACCCUGCAGCCCACAAUGUUCCCCGUGGUGCCUCGGCUCCUCAACAGGAUCUACGAUAAGGUUCAAAAUGAAGCCAAAACACCCUUGAAGAAGUUCUUGUUGAACUUGGCUAUUUCCAGUAAAUUCGGUGAAGUGAAAAGGGGUAUCAUCAGACGCAACAGUCUGUGGGACAAGCUCAUCUUUGCAAAGAUCCAGAACAACCUGGGUGGAAAGGUUCGCAUUAUGGUCACUGGAGCUGCCCCCAUCUCCUCUCCAGUCUUGGAGUUCCUCCGGGCGGCAAUGGGAUGUCCGGUGUUUGAAGCUUAUGGUCAAACAGAAUGCACUGCUGGCUGCACAUUUACAUCCCCUGGGGACUGGAGACCAGGCCAUGUUGGAGUCCCCCUCGCUUGCAAUCAUGUGAAGCUGGAAGAUGUACCAGACAUGAACUACUUCUCAGUGAAUGGUGAAGGAGAGAUCUGCAUCAAGGGUGUCAACGUGUUCAAAGGAUACUUGAAGGACCCCGAGAAGACAGCUGAAGCCCUGGACAAAGAUGGCUGGCUUCACACGGGAGACAUUGGUCGCUGGCUCCCGGACGGAACUCUGAAGAUCACUGACCGUAAAAAGAACAUUUUCAAGCUGGCCCAAGGAGAAUACAUCGCUCCAGAGAAGAUAGAAAACGUCUACCACAGAAGUAGACCGGUGCUGCAAAUUUUUGUGCAUGGGGAAAGCUUACGGUCAUCCUUGGUAGCCGUGGUGGUUCCUGAUGCAGAAGUGCUUUCCUCAUUCGCAGCCAAACUUGGGGUUAAGGGCUCCUUUGAAGAGCUGUGCCAAAACCAAACUGUGAAGGAAGCCAUUUUAGAAGACUUGCAGAAAAUUGGGAAAGAAGGCGGCCUUAAAUCCUUCGAACAGGUCAAAAGCAUCUACAUCCAUCCAGAGCCGUUUUCCAUUGAAAAUGGGCUCCUGACGCCGACAUUGAAAGCAAAGCGGGGCGAGCUUUCCAAGUACUUUCAGGCCCAAAUCAACAGCCUGUAUGAGAACAUCCAGGAGUAGGGUCAGGUACUGGCGGCUACACAGGCCUCGGAGUAGCCCGCCUUGUGGGAAUAUGAAUUAAAAGCUAACCUUAUGUUCUUUCUUUUUGUCUUUUCUCCUGCCUGUUGUUCUACCUACUAAAUUAUAACUAUAGUUUGGGGACUUAAAAAAAAAUACCGAGAGACGUGUAACACGGAAGCUUAGCUCUGGACUAAAUAAACCUCCUUCCCAUCAUAAAUGUUGCUGACAUUUAGGUUUUCGGGCUGCUUUUACCAACAUACCUCUCUUCAAGGUCCGCUCGUAUUUUGUCUCUUCCUCAUGAUCUCCAACCUGUGUAAGUGACCACUAGCUCAAGAGCCAAAGCGGCCCUUUGUGACUUCUUUCUUGUUGUUUUCCAGUAAAACUGACCUUGUCAAAGGUCCCAACUCUUAGGCUUUCCCGUGUUCAAGUUAAGAGCCGUUUAAGUCCUGAAAAGCUGUUUCUGAUUCCUGUUUUCUAACUACUCCACAAAAUCUUCGCAACCUUGGGCCAGGCCUUAACCUAUCACUGCUCUUAAUCACACCUGAGAGACAGAUUCCUUCCAUGUACUUACGUGUACGCUGAUGUCUGUGUGCACAAUCCUGAAGAUUCCCUAGCCUCUCUAGUCUGUCUGACUCAGGAGAAUGAAAAAUUGGGCCUGUGACAUGUUGUCCGGAAAGAAUGUUCAAGUGUUAUCUGCAGGGACACUGCUGCUGAGGACAUCUGUCCCCCACAGUUUGCUGCUAAGCUGGAAGCUGUGGGGGAAGGAGCUGAAACAAUGUCAAGUGCACUUUCCAGUAAACAAAGCAAAGCAUUGAGGGAAAACCUCGUGAACUGAGAACAAAGACCUAUGGGGCAGCCUGACCCUGCCCAACAUGCUUAUCUUCUGGGAAGAAGCCGACUGACCUUUUCUACCGUGACCUCCACUUCCCACUAUGGUUCCCCCCCCUCCGGCAAUGCGUGUCGCUUCGGCUUGUAAAUGUAACGCUUUUAAAAUAAUAAAGUAUUGCGGAUACUUA